AUGGGGAAGGUUAGAUUACUUGUUUAUAUUUAUAGUUUAGUCAAUCAUAAGAAAAAUAAAAAAUAUAUGCUGAGUUCUGGGAAUACCUAUUCUAAUAAGAGGACUUAAGAAAGUUAAACUAUAUCAUUUUAUCAAUUUUUAAACAUUUCCUAAAAUCGACUACUGUUCCACUCUCUCUAAUUAGAAAUUAAUAAUUGGUUGAAUUAUGGUACAGGUAAUUUGGAAAUUCUAAUUCUGUUAUGAAAAGAUUAGCAAAUAAGAUUGAAUAAUACUUGACUUAAAGAGAUACUUCUUUUGAAGACAUUGUUUACCUUAGAAAUAUUUAUGGUUAUAGAAUACAUCCAAAAAAUGCAAUUGCAUAAAAAAUAUUGGCAAAGUUUACAGAAGAUGAGGUAGAUCAAUACUUUGAGAAUAUGAAAUAAUAAGAACAAUCUUCUACUGAUCCAAUCAAUAAACUCUAUUAUUUAAAUGAAAUCUAUGUUCUCGCUACUGUAAGUAAUACAAACAUUAAAGUCUUGACAUCUAUGAUAAAAUAUAUCUAUGAAAUCGGGUGCAUAAAUUUUGAAUAGAUUUAUGAGCAAUUAGAUGAAGAGUCUAAGGAAGCCUACCAAUUUGAAGAAAUUAAGAAAAAGUUUUUAGAUUAAUGUUAGAGUUUCUUUUACUCACUUGUUGGAAAAGUAGCUGCUGUAAAUAUUAUAUAUGAUAAGUAGAAUGUGUAAGAAUUUGAUGAGUUAACCAAAUCCUUAUUGAAAUAACUUAAAAAAUCGGAUUUAAGUAAAUAAUAUAAAUUGAUUACUGGUAAAUAACCUAAAGAAUGUAUUAAACAUUUAGUCAAUGCAAUCCUUAUGUUUUCAUUUCUCAAUUAAGAAGAAGGAUUAUAAAUUUUGGAGGAGUUUCAACACAUUGCAGGCGACAUUUAAGAUGAGGAACCUCAAAUAAAAAAAAAAGUAAAGACUAAUCCAGAGAAGGCAAAAGUUGUCUUAACUGAAGUAUUUAUUUAAUUGUUAACAAAAUCUCCAUGUAACAUUAUAAAUUCUAUAUAUUUUUAGAAUUCUUGAGAGAUGCUGUUAAUUAGUGCUGUAAAUCACUUGAGUUUACAACAGAAUGUUUAGAGAUUUUAUUGGAUGUUUUGUUGAAGGAAGAUCAUGAAUAUAUUGCUGAGAUGCAACAAUAAGAAUUAGAUGAUGAGGAAGGUGGAGAUGAAAGCUUAGAAGAAGAAGAGGAGGAAAAUUAAUGA